AUGAAUGCUAAAGAUAAAUACUUAGGAUCACCGCUCAUUCUGGGCCAUUCUAAGCAAGAAUCUUUCAGAGCUAUUAAGGAAAAUUUUAUAGACAGACUUUCUGGAUGGUCUUCAAGUAUUAUAACUCAAGCUGACAAGUCAAUAAUGGUUAAACAUGUGCUCAUCUCAGUUCCUCUCUACCAGAUGGGUAUUUUUCAGUUACCUAAACAUCUAAUAAAUCAGUUAACUUCUCUUCAAAGGAAAUACUUCUGGGGUUAUAGUUUCAAUAGAGGUUUUAAUCCUAUAUCAUGGUCCAAGAUUUGCAAAGCCAAAGAUCUUGGUGGUUAG